AUGCCAUCAUCACCGAGACCCGAAGAACCUCAAGGCGAGAUUCCUCUUGCUAUCCAUGCUGCUCAAGAUUCCAAGAAUUUCAAACCAAAAGGUCGGACAAUUAUCGUCUGCCUUGAUGGAACUGGUGAUCAAUUUGGUGAGUACUCAUUCUCUUUGAAGUCUCUUUAGGUAGAAUCCUGAGCGGAGAGAUUGUCUCUAUGACCUGAAAACUGGGGUCAAUAAGUAGAGCUUAACCUAAAUGCUUCGACCAAUAUCGUAUUACGAAAUCUUUCUCUCAAAUCCUGAAUCAUUCCCGCAUUUCUAUUCCUCGAAAUUUCUCAGCAAAACUAAACUGACUCUAAAAUCCUUUAGAUCACGACAAUUCCAACGUGGUCAACUUCGUGAGAUGCUUGAAGAAGGAUGACCCAAAUCAAGUCACUUAUUACCAAGCUGGAAUUGGCACCUACAGCGGCGACCAUGGGUUGAAGGAUGGGAUCACCGCUUCUUUGGAUAUGGCAGUAGGAAGUGGUUUGGGAUUCCAUAUCAAAGAUGCAUAUCGCUUCCUUAUGCAGAACUACAAUGAAGGCGACAAAGUCUGUCUUCUUGGAUUCUCUCGGGGAGCAUAUACAGUACGUUGCUUGGCUGGAAUGAUUCAUAAGGUCGGGCUAUUGCCUGCACAUAAGUAAGUGACUUUUGAUCAUUUCAUUUUUUGAAGUUGGUGCUAGGGCUUCGAGAAAUCGUGACUGAAGCCGGAAGACGCUUCUCUUCUGCAAUGAUCCCAAUGCCCCCAAAAACCUUAUUUUGUCAUGUCAAAGACGAGUUCCCAUAUCUCCGGCACCUCCUUUUCAAACCCAAAAAGCACCAUACUGACGUAUCGCAGCGGAGCCCAAGUUUCCUUCGCCUACAACUUUUACAAAAACGAUAACUCGCCAGAUUGGAAGAUGAGUCGUGAAUUCAAAGAGACAUUCUGCAUCAAUAUCGAAGUAUACUUCGUCGGUCUCUGGGACUGUGUAGCAAGUGUAGGGUUCAUUCCUAGGAAACUACCAUUCAGCAAAUCCGCAACUAGUUCCGUACAUUAUUUCCGACACGCCAUGGCACUAGACGAACAUCGAGCAAAGUUCAAAAUCUGCCAAUGGCAACGCAGAGAUUUGGUACAGAAACAAGAAACGGUGGAUCGCACUCCCAAGGCGAAAGUCAAGUCUGAAAAGAACAAGCAAACGGAGAAGGUUAAGGAGAAGAAACAUAGGCAUGAUGAGAAAAAGGAGGCUGAGGGAAAGCUCAAACAAAUUGGGAAGAUUCGUGGAGUCUUCCGUUCUUGUUUUGGACCUAAGAAUCCAGGUUCGCCAGGAAAUGAAGACAGAGAUGGUCGUUCGUCUACUUCUUCAGCCCGUUCCAAACAGGAGGAACGGGAGAAGGAGUUUGAGAAGAAAGACACCGCGGUGCAUGACCAUGUUUCCACAGAUGUCUCAGAAGUCUGGUUUAUGGGUUCUCACGCAGAUGGUAUGUAUCUUCCGUCCGUGUAUCUGCCCUAUUCCCCGAUAAAUUCUCAUAGAUUGCACAGCUGACUUUAUCAUUUCCACAGUUGGGGGUGGUGCAGUAUUAAACGAAGAGCGCCAUAUGCUCUCCCGCAUUCCUCUUCGAUGGAUGAUCAGACAAUGCUUCGAGUGUAACACUGGUAUCAUAUUCUGUACGGCUGCUUUAGCAGAGGCAGGGAUCGAUGUCCCAGAUGUGUGGCCGAUAUACAAAAAGCCAUCAAAACCAGUAGUCGGUCCAUCACCAAACAUGAUAGAGCAGUACGAAGCUGGGGAACUUCCUUCACUACGACGUCGCUCAACCGCUCUUGGUGUCGAUCCAGAGCAAAGAAAAAAGAGUAUGACUGGCAGCAGCAGCAAAGAUGACGACGUAUAUUUCGACGCAACUUCAGAACACAAUGAAAAGCACCCAUCCGAAAAGUUUUGGUUGUUACCCGAACAUGCCGAGGAUCACUUUGAUGCGAUGGCACCUAUCAACGAUCAAUUGGUGCAAGCCAAAAGCUGGUGGGUUCUUGAAUUCUGGCCUGUCAAGGUUCGCGUACAGAAGUCGGACGAGCAAUGGCAGAAAGUUGUGAGGAUGAACUUGGGACGAUUCCGAGCCAUUCUAGAUACUGAACCGAAUAUGCACUGGACAGUCCAGAUGCGGAUGAGCGACAAGAACUAUAAAAUCAGGAAUAGGCUUGAUAAGAAUGCGACUUGGCAGGUAACUGCUUAA